AAAAUGCAGGGCGAGUUAGCGCGGUUGACCGGACCGUUCGGGUCAAUCGUCUGAACUACUCCGGUCGGUCUCUCUCUCUCGUUUCUGUGAUAAUUUUCGUGAUUUUUAUCCAUCACACAAGUAGAAAAAAAGAAACGAAAGAAAAGCCACGUCGGGAUUUUUGGUUUUCAUUUUUCACCAGUCAACAUGGUAAGACAAGAUGAUUUGUCGAAUGAGAGCCUUAGAGGUAGUAUGAAUCUUCGAUCUACCCGCGCAAGUCAGACCAGUUCGAGGCUCCUAUAACUAUCGAAAUCGAUGCAUGUCGCUAGACGCUAGUCGCUACUUGAUGAUCGUUUACAUAUUGUUGAAGAGAAAUUUAGGGUUUCUCCUUUCGGUUUUACACUCCUUUGUAUUUUUAGUCUCUUAUUUAAUAACCCAUGCUCCCCCAGGCCCAAUUUUCCCUAACGAAGAAGUCGCAUUUUCUUCUCAUUUGAGUUUUCUCAACUUCUGAGAUAGAUGGGACGUUCUCGGGGUGUUCCCAAUUCUGCAGAUGAGGAUCCUGGUCAAAGUAGGUCAAAAAGAAAAAGAGUUGCUUCAAGUGGAGAAAAUCUAGAGUCUGCAACUACAGGCCAAGGAACAAAUGAAGGAAAAAGGGCUUUAUACCACUGCAAUUAUUGCAACAAAGAUAUUUCUGGGAAGAUUCGAAUCAAAUGUGUAAAGUGCCCUGAUUUUGACCUAUGCGUGGAGUGCUUCUCUGUUGGAGCUGAGGUCACACCUCAUAAAAGUAAUCACCCAUACAGGGUUAUGGACAAUUUAUCUUUUCCAUUGAUUUGUCCAGAUUGGAAUGCAGAUGAAGAGAUACUGCUGCUAGAGGGAAUUGAAAUGUAUGGACUUGGCAAUUGGGCAGAAGUUGCAGAGCAUGUUGGUACAAAGAACAAAGCACAAUGUAUUGACCAUUAUUCAACCACAUACAUGAAUUCUCCAUGCUUUCCUCUCCCGGACAUGUCUCAUGUUGUAGGGAAGAACAGAAAGGAGCUUCUUGCUAUGGCCAAAGGGCAUGGUGAAGGCAAGAAAGGAUUUCCUAUACUUGGGGAACAGAUGAUGAAGGAAGAAUCUCCAUUCUCUCCUUCAAGAGUCAAGCUUGAAGACUUGAGUAAAGAAGCUCCAGCAGGUAGAUCCCCAUCUAGCUUAACUACAGAUUCUGGCAUUGGCUCUAGCAAUACGAAUCCUUCAUCAACCGGUGCAGUUAAGAAGGCCUCAAACGUUACCCAGGUCAAGGAGAGUCCUGAUCCCAUUAAAUUGGAAGAUUCUGAAGUGGACAGGAGUGUUGGAGGGAAGAAACCCAAGUCUUCAGGGGAUGAGGGACCUUCUCUGAGUGAAUUGAGUGGCUAUAAUCCCAAAAGGCAGGAGUUCGAUCCUGAAUAUGAUAAUGAUGCUGAGCAAUCCCUGGCAGAGAUGGAAUUCAAGGAUGCUGACACUGAAGCUGAGCGUGAACUUAAGCUGCGAGUUUUGCAUAUCUACUUGAAAAGGCUUGAUGAGAGGAAACGUAGGAAGGAUUUCAUACUAGAAAGAAAUUUACUUUAUCCUAAUCCUUUGGAGAAGGAUCUUUCACCUGAAGAGAAGAAUAUAUAUCAUCGAUACAAGGUCUUCAUGCGCUUUCUUUCCAAAGAAGAACAUGAGGAGUUGAUGAAGACUGUAAUUGAUGAACAUAGGAUACGGAAACGAAUUCAAGAUCUUCAGGAGGCUCGAGCUGCUGGCUGCCAUACAUCGGCUGAUUUAGAUAGAUAUAUUGAGCAUAAGAGAAAAAGGGAAGCUGAAGAAAGUGCUCGCAGAGGGAAGGAAGGUCCUUUGGUUGGUCCAAGUGGUAAAGUACUCCAAAGAACAAAUCGGCCAAAGGGGGAAGCUGACAGUAGCCCUCGGGGAGGUGUAAAGGGCUCAUUGGGUUUAGAGACAGGUGGUAAAGAUUUAGCUAGUACAACUUUGAGACAGUCUGCAAUGGAUGAUUGGUGUAUAACAGGUCUUCCUGGAUCAGAUCUACUUAGUGAGACUGAUCAACGUUUGUGCUGUGAACUCCAAUUGUUCCCUUCUCAUUAUCUAAAAAUACAGGAAAUUAUGUCAGUGGAGAUAUUCAGUGGUAACAUCACCAAGAAAUCUGAUGCAUAUCGUUUCUUCAAGGUUGAGCCAAGCAAAUUAGAUAGAAUUUAUGAUGUGCUUGCAAAAAAACUGAUUGCUCAACCGUGAGAAUAAUCUGAUUCUUCCAUUUAUUGGAAUGUAAAAUUUGAAUGUUAAAUUAUUUUUACAUGAAUGAGUCUUCUAUUUUGCUUAAAAUGUGAAUUUUUAGAACAAAAUCCAUCAUAAUUUAUGGAACAUGAUCUGGCAUUUCCCUGCUGGUUAAGUCUA